UUUUUCCGCACAUCACUUUGGAAAUUCUCGCUGGUGUAGUCCUGCUCACCUGGCUGGUCUGUGAGAGACUGAUUUAACAGGAUAAUCAGACUAAUUGCCUCCUCUGAUAUUGAUCCCUCCGACCAUUCCCUCUAAUCACUGUCAUGAUUUCCUUCAUUUCCUCCUUUUCUCCUGCUGUUUCAAAGUGACCAGGCUGCAGGUGUUUUUUUUUUUUUUUCCUUCCUCCUGUGCUCUGAUUUGGCAAUAUGUAAAUUUUGGGAAUAAAACGCUGCGUUUUUUCUUUUUUGGGAGACUUAUUUCACAAACUGGGAUUUUUUUUUUUUUUCCUACUCUGUUAGAACCAGAACGGAUUGUGACACACACCGUGAUGGUCCAUCGGAACUGACAGCUAUCGUUUUGGAAACUGCUUUGUGGGACUGGUAAAAAAUGAAAGCUCCCAUUCCUCUUCUGAUCCUGCUUCAUGCUGUUGUGGUCCAUUGCCUGAAAGUGGUGUCGAAGAGAGGCUCAGUGGAAGGCUGCACGGAUUGGUCGGUGGACUACCUGAAAUACAAGGUGCUUCUGGGGGAACCUGUACGGAUUAAGUGCGCUUUGUUCUAUGGAUAUAUCCGGGCCAACUACACCCACGCGCAGAGCGCAGGACUUAGCCUUAUGUGGUACAAAAGUGCAGGACACGGCGACUUCGAGGAACCCAUCAGUUUCGACGGCACGAGGAUGAGCAAAGAGGAGGACGCCAUAUGGUUCCGACCAGCAGAGUUGGACGACAUUGGCUACUAUUCCUGCGUAUUAAGGAACUCCACAUACUGCAUGAAGGUGUCCAUGUCGCUCACGGUGGCGGAGAACGACACCGACCUCUGCUACAACUCCAAAAUGAGGUUCUUCGAGAAGGCGGAACUGAGCAAAAACAAAGACAUCACCUGCCCGGGCAUUGAGGAUUAUCUGCAGCCAGGAGUGGAGCCUGAGAUCGUGUGGUACAAGGAAUGCAAGCCAAAGCAGUGGAGACAAACCAUAGAGAGGAGGAGGGACACUCUGUCCAUCAAGGAAGUACGGGAAGAUGACAUUGGGAAUUACACCUGCGAAUUACAGUUUGGGAACUUUGUGGUGCGGAGGACUACAGAGCUAUCCGUCACAGCUCCCCUGACAGACAAGCCGCCAAAAAUCCUUUCCCCCUCGGAGAGCCAAAUGAGCGUCAUAGAGAUGGCAAUAGGAAGUCCUGUCAACCUGACGUGCCGAGCAUUCUUCGGAUACAGCGGAGACGUCAGUCCACUCAUCUACUGGAUGAAGGGGGAUAGGUUCAUCGAGGAUCUGGACGAGGAGCGGGUCCAGGAGACGGACAUCAAGACAAUCCGGGAGCACCUGGGGGAGCAGGAGGUGUCCAUCUCUCUGACCCUCGACUCUCUGGAAGAAGGCGACCUGGGCAACUACUCCUGCUAUGUGGAGAACGGCAACGGGCGGCGGCAGGCCAACAUCCAGCUCACCAAGAAAGCAGAGCUGAUGUACACGGUGGAGCUGGCCGGAGGUCUUGGCGCCAUCCUGAUGCUGCUCAUCUUCCUGGUGACUCUGUACAAGUGCUACAGGAUUGAGCUCAUGCUCUUCUACAGGAACCACUUUGGCAGCGAGGAUAUAGAUGGAGAUAACAAGGACUACGACGCUUACCUGUCCUACACCAAAGUGGACCCGGACCAGUGGAGCCAGGAGACCCGGGAGGAGGAGCGCUUUGCCCUGGAGAUCCUCCCCGACGUGCUGGAGAAGCAUUAUGGGUAUAAACUCUUCAUUCCAGACAGGGACUUGAUCCCCACAGGAACCUACAUCGAGGACGUAGCGCGCUGCGUGGACCAGAGCAAGCGACUCAUCAUCGUCAUGACGCCCAGCUAUGUGGUGCGGAGGGGGUGGAGCAUCUUUGAGCUGGAGACGCGGCUGCGCAACAUGCUGGUGACCGGCGAGAUCAAGGUCAUCCUGAUCGAGUGCGCCGAGCUGCGCGGCAUCAUGAACUACCAGGAGGUGGAGGCCCUCAAGCACACCAUCAAGAUGCUGACGGUCAUCAAGUGGCGCGGGCCGUCCAGCAACAAGCUCAACUCCAAGUUCUGGAAGCAGCUCCUCUACGAGAUGCCCUUCAAGCGCAUGGAGCCCCUGAGCAUCUCCCACGAGCAGGUGCUGGACGUGAGCGAGCAAGGCCCGUUCGGCGAGCUCCAGACCGUCUCGGCCAUCUCCAUGGCGGCGGCAACCUCCACCGCCAUGGCGACGGCACACCCGGACUUGCGCUCCACCUUCCACAACUCUUGCCACACCCAGAUGAGGCAGAAACACUAUUACCGUAGCUACGACUACGACAUGCCGCCGGGCGGCACGCUCCCGCCGCUCCCUCCGCUCGCCACGCUGGGCAGCCAGCACACCUACUGCAACAUCCCCAUGACGCUCAUCAACGGACAGCGGCCGCAGUCCAAGUCGCCGCGCCAGCAGAGUAUGGAGGAGGCCCACGGCAACAACGCCAUGCUGCCGCUGCUGCCCAGGGAGACCAGUAUAUCCAGCGUGAUCUGGUGACAGACGGCGCCGAGCCGGGUAGACUAUACGAUGUCCUUCACAGGGAGGACGCACUGGCACUCGGACCCUGAACGAACCGGAGCCAGGUGGACCUGAAUGGCACUAAGCUACUUGCUGCUGUUGAAUUUGCACCAGGAAACAUCAGGGGGAGGGCGUCAGACGCGCUGGGGGAUGGAGAUGGUGGCAGGUUUUUUGUUUCGUUUUGGUCCAAUAAGAGCUUUUAUUGAAACUGAACAACAAAAAAAAAGAGAACUUUUUUGUAUGCCUGUAUAAACACUCACGUAACACAAGCCAACACCUACGAUCAUUUACCCAGAAAGUCAAGGAAUACAGGGUCCUGUACAUACGUUUUUCUAAUUCUUUGUAGCAUCAGUGUUUGGGACUUCUUAUGUUUUACCAUCAGUUGGGACUUUUUUUUUUUUGUUUCCGUUUGUACAAAAGUGAAGCAAUGGCCUGUGAGAUGUUUUGGAUAAACCGUUGUUACCUUUAUCUUAAUUUGUCGGCUGGUGUAGUUUAUAAAGCUUUGGGAUUUUUUCCGGGAGGGUGGGGUCGUAAAAGUGGCAGCCUUCAGGAGAACGAUUCGGUUUGGGAUUCCCGGGAGUUUUCAGCUUCCGCCGGCUGCUGUUAAAAAGGGUUGAGAAUCUGGACUCAACCAGAAUAUGCAAAACAUGGAGUCCAGAGCGCAGGGAAAAAGAUGGCUUUCGGAAAAGUCAUAUCCGCGAAGGAGGAUAUGAAGAAUAUGGUGCUAGGCUUCACAUCUCUCUGUUUUCUCUCACAUUUACUUUUGAAAAAAAAAAAAAAAACAGCCUUGCUAUUUACCUUAACAGAUGAUUAUAUCACCGAGAAUUAAUUAUGUGUAUUAUUUUAUGAAAAAAGAAAAGUCUAUUUUUGUAACUGAGGGAUAUUUGCUUAGAGAUGUUAUAGCUAUAAAGUUUCUGAUAGAAAGGAAUUGGGGAAUAAAAAUGUUUUGUUAUGUGGAACUGCACAGCUCACGUAAAAUCGAUAGGUCAUUCACUAAAUGUCUUAUAUUGCAAGAGAAAAAAAGUGUUUUCAUCAUUAAAAAGAGGAGUUUUGACAUUUCAAACAGAAA